AUGCCAAAGACCUCGAUACAGCCGAAGCUGUCACCGCAGUUUUGUUUCAAUGAACGGGCAUUGAGAGACUUCCUACGAAUAUCUCGGUCGACAGUAGAUGACUCGAUAUCUCAGAGCUUGAACGCUCUGGUCACUCCGGCCAGGUCAGGCUUUGAUCCGUCGUCAACCACCGCCAGACAGACAGAACUACCUCGUCACGGCCAAGUCGAAGGAGCUCGAUGUCAGACUUUCAAGGACGAGGUCCUGUUCCCCUCCUGGCAAGCUAGGUCGGAUGUCCUGACGUACUGCGCCGGCGUUGCCACGAGUCCUGACCCUGACGAUCCAGACCUGCUGCUUCGACAGGAAGAGUCAGCGAGAGAUCGGGAGAGAGUGGUCGAUGAGAGGUUGGAUCCUUACUCAGCCAGAUUCUUCCCCAGAGAGCCGCGGACAGAGUCGCUCGCCCUGCUAAUACGGAACGAGCGUGGUGUGGAGAGGAUCGUGAGGUCUCGUUCCUGGGAUAUAGUCGGAGAACGUUGCGGGAACACCUUUGAGAGCUGGGAGGAUGCUCUUAAUCGCUGGCGGGCAACGCGUGAGCAAUCUCGUGGACUCUAG